AUGUCUCACCUUGAAGAUUCUAAUCGAACAAAUAACGAAGCUCAUGUAAUUCAAUCAUCGAAGAUUGAAUCAACUCAAAAAAAUAAAAAAACAAUGAUUUUUAUCUUUCGUAAACAAGUUAACUUGAUAGGAUUGCUCGUUGUAUUUGGAUUCAUUGUCGGAAUUAUAUUUUCUGUAAUUGAGGGUGAUUCGCGAUUAUUUUUACUACGAGAUUCAUUUUUUACUGGUGUAUUCGGUUUAGCAUUUAUUAUCACUUUGAUUCCGAUCAAAAUUGGUUCAUUCGAAAUGCGGCCAUUAGUAUAUUAUAGUGCCAAAAAUUUAGGAAUGGCAAACCUUAAAGGUUUAACAGAAGAUGAACCUAUACCUGAACGUUGGGAAAGGUAUUGGAGAUCUUAUCCUAGGUUUCGACAAACAUUUAUUGUCCUAACAGCUGUUUGGGGAUUUGGAUUACUUAUUGAAGUUCCAGUUCGUGUUAUUAUUGUUUAUCGUUCUCCAACAGUUGACGAUGCACAAAAGAAAGGUGAGCAAUUGCUUAAAGAACAGGAAGAGGCUGCCGCUGCUGCUGCAAUUUAA